AUGCCUUUCGUUUUCCUUCAAGCGCCCUCUCUCUCCCUCUCUCUCUCUCUCUCUCUCUCUCUCUCUUUCUCUCACUCUUCUCUCUAUAUUAAUAAACUCAAUCGCCAUGAUGUUUCUUUGGACUUUCUUCCACAAAAUCAUCCACCCACUUAUCCUCUCUCUUUCUCUCCUUUCCUUUCUCUUUCCCUCGCCUGGCUUCCUCCGUCUUUACCUCGCCCUUUUCUACCUUCUUUCGACCAUACUUUCUCGUUUCUUCCCUCUCUUUACUCAACUCUCCCCUUCUCCACUCUCUUCUUUCUACAUCCUCCCCUUUAUCUCUCCUCUACACCUUCCUUCUAUUACCCGCCCCUCUUCCCUUCCUUCCCCUUAGCUUAUUCUCUCUUCCGCUUUUCUCUCAUACCCACUUUCUAUUUUAUUCCUCUUUUUUUCUUUUCAAUCUUUCCUCUUUCUUUCUUUUGUCUUUAUAAUAUCCUCCCUCUCCCUCCCCCCAUUUCUCAGCAUCUUCUAUCCAGUCUUCUUCUUCUCUUUCACUUUAUCUUUCUGGUGACCUUAAUCUAUGCAGAUAUUCAUCAAAGCUUAUUCAACGCCCGCUUCACAUACAAAAGCACAUUUUCCUUACGUUUUUCUUCGACGGAACGAAGAGAGAAAGAAAUGAGCCGUGAUAGUCGAAUUGUAAAGUUAUUUACCGUAAGGAGGCCUAAUGGUAAAGAUCUUAGCUUAGCAACACCGAAGCGGCAAUCGCAGGUCGGCAACAGACCCUUUCACCUCCCAUCAAUAUCUACAAAAAAGUACUGGUUGGUAGUUGUGAUAGGUGCCUGCUUUUCUGUAAUGCCUGCAAUCGGUCUUCGACACAAAUUCAAUCAAGUGGGAAGACCUCUCCAUGAGGAAGAUAUUAACAAUGCAAAUUUUCCUGAUCGCAACAGGCUUCUUCGUUUCGUUAAUUUUUCAUUUUUUCUUUCAUUCGUUUAUUCCUUCAAUCUUGGGUUCGUUCAUUCGUUUAUUCCUUUUUUUUUUUUUUCUUUCAUUAAUUCAUUCGUCCGCUCAUUUCUUGUUGUUUUUUACUUCGUGUUUCUUUCUUUUCACGCAUCUUUCUUUCACUUAUUUUUUCGUUCGUUAUGUCUUUUUCUCUUUUGUUUAUUUGUUUUUCAUAAUUUUUUCAUUCAUUUGUUACCGUUAUCUUCCCGAUGCACUUGGCAAACAUAA